UUAAAAGAAUAUUGGCAGAGAAACAGCCUUGGUGGUCCAGCAGGAGUGAAGAAGAACAGGAAAACAAAUGGCAGUGUCCCUGAGACAGCCACUUCUGCUGGUUGCCACUCACCUGAGGAUUCAGCCACAGGUAUCGACGGAGAGGGCCCUACGUCAUCUGCACCCCGCAAGGAUCUGGAGAGCCCAUCCCAAGAACUAGUAGCUGCCCUGGACUCGAGGUCCGUCAAAAUCAGUCAACUGAAGAACACCAUCAAAUCUUUG